AUGGGAAGCUCACUAGACUUCUCGUGCCCCAGGGGAGGUAACUACUAUGUCUGCGAAGACCAGCCAACUCGCUUCGUGGGAUGCUGCACCAUCAAUCCAUGCAUCACCUCGUCCGGCCUCUGUCCUGACAACGACCUCCAGCCCCUCUCGUUCAAUCCCGAUGCCUACGACCAGAUCCGGGGGCAGAAUUGCCUGGACACCGGAUACCAGUGGUACGUCUGUCGCGACUCGUCGCCACCGUUUCUGGGAUGCUGCUCCCAGGACGCAUGCAUGACAACCGGCUGUCCGAGGAACAAACUCGGAGCUGCGAGUUUGAGCUCAAACAGGGCGCAAGCAGCCCCUUUCUUGUCUGGGGGCUCUUCAUCGUCAACGACAACAACAACAUCUUCAUCAACAACAGAAACAACCUCAUCAAUAUCGACAUCGACAACAAGCAGAACCCCCUCGACAACGCUGAGCACAACGGCGAGCACGACUGCAAGUGCCACUAGCACUCAGCCUGCUGCCGUGUCACCUCCAACGCAUAAUACGGGGCUCAGCAAAGGCGCCAUCGCGGGCAUCGCCGUGGGAGCAGUGGCGGGAGUCUGCAUCCUCGCCCUGGCCGCCUUUUUGGCUCUGAGGCAGCGGCGGAAGAAGAAGGGCCCAAGCAUAGUCAUCACGGCCAGCGGCACCGGCAGAAAGGAUGAGUAUGGCGACGACUCGCUGACCGAGUAUCAUGACAAGACGGCAGCAAACGCACACGAGCUGUCAGGAGCCGGCGCCGGCCAGAUGGCGCAAUCACAAGCACUCCAUGCUGGUGCCCAGCCAUCUCCGGGCCUCGAGUCGCCCAUCUCAGAGCUCCCCGCAACGCCGUCGACGCCAGGCAACCGACACUUUGUCUCCGUUGGCAGCUCCGAUGGCGUGACGGGCAGGGAGAGCGAGCUGUCCGGCAUUAGCGCUUCACCAAAGCAAAGUCCGCUGCUGCAUCAGUCGUUGUUUGAGCUUGAGGACUCGUCAAGCCGCACAUUUGUGGGGAGGUAA